UGUUUAUAAAAAAACCGAAUUAUCUCAAUUCGGAAUAGAUUUGAAAUAAAACACAGAAAUGAUGAAUAUUUUCCUGAUUUCAAUUCUGUCUAACCAGCCACGCAAGUUUGUGGGCAGCUUAUUGAUUUUCCGCAUUUCCCUCAGCAUUAUACUUCUCAGUAAAUGUCAGGCGCUAUCUAGGUUAGGAAACAGCUUUCAUAAAUACUCCUCAUUAUUAUUUUUCACAACCCUCUCUUCGUAUCAAUCACCCUUGAAAGUAUAUUUUCAUAUUCACCAAUGUUGGAAGCAAUUCGUUUAUUGUUCAUAGAUUUCGUUACUUCAUUAUGUGAGAAAAUAUUGGUGGUGCAUUCCUGAAUAUACUGAAUUUAUUCAAAUAGUAUAAUGGAAGACAGUGGUAUAGAAGAUGGUGGAGAUCAAAAUGGGGAUAACUUGAAAAAUAGUGGAUCAAGCAGUGGCAGAUCUAGUAUUGGUCAUUCUCCAACUGUCCCAAAAAUUUCCACUUUGGGUCACUUGAUCCAUAAACUUGGUGAUAAGAAUAGUACGAAUUUAAGACAACCAGAGAUACACUAUGAAGAUUCUUCAGCCAAAUUGAACCUUAUUCCAAUAGAUAGGUUGCAAAUACCUGGAUCAAGAGAAAAACAGCCUCUAGUACAAUGGGAAAGUGAUGAUAGUGAAGAAGACAUUAUCAAUUUUUUUCCCGCUGCAAGGAAGGAACCUAGAGUGCAUCAGGAGAUAUCCGAUACUUUCAGUAUAGAAGAAAUGAGUAUAUCUGGAGCUGAGGAUGAAGAUGAAGAAGAUCUGCACCUUAUUCCACCACAACAAAAUUUUUCCAAAAUAUCUUGUUGCCGAUGUUCAUCAUGCACGAUUGUCUAGUAACAAUUCAGAAUUGAAAGGAGAAGAUGGAAUCUUCAGAAAGAAUAUCAAAGAAUAUACCACAUACAACAUACUGAAUUUACCAAAUAAUUUAAUCUAAUACGAUUUAAUUGUCAAUUGAAACGCAGGAGGGUGACUUAACAAUAUGAAUGCUUCUCCUUUUUUGGGGCAUUCCUAAGUAGAAGUCCAGCAGCAGAAAUUGAACUAGAAGCUUGUAACGCUGAAUAGUGGUUUAAUUUAUUCUUGCAGUCUAUUUCUGAGUAGUGCCAAAACUAAAGUAUUAUUUUGUAUAAAAAUUUUUCAAAAAUAUACUAUGGCACUUAUUGUAAAGGAAUAAUGAACAAUCAACGGGAAAUUGAUUGGAAUUGUAUUUCGAAUGAUAAAAGGACUGGGAGCACAAUUUUUAUAUAUUAUUCAAAUCAACUACACUUUUAUACCUCAUAUUAAUAUCUUUGAUUAUAUUUCCAUUUUUUUCUUAGAAAACUCAAAACGAUCUAGAACAGAAAAUUUGUGGAUCGAUUUGCUACAUAUUUUCCGAUUGUCUAUAUUUUGAUUUUGUGCCAAAUACUUUCUGUUCAGUGCCAAGUUAGUGAGAUAGGCAGAAUUUCCAUGCUUUUCAUUUAUGAUGUAGCUAUUGAAAUAGAAAUGUUGAGAAUUUCCAUGUCAGUUUUAUAUGUGAAUAUUGUACUCCGCUUCCCAAUAUAAAAACAAAUAUGCC